AAGGAUGUAAAGUAUAAUGUGUGUUCGGUACAUCUUCCUUCGUACACACCCAUAAUUAAUAAUUAUGAUAAACCCAAAUAACGAUAGGAAAUUAGGGCAAAUUCUGGAGAAAAGAAAAUAGCAGUACUUGUAUUUUUCCAGUUUAACUUCAUAAUCAUAAUAAUAAUGAUUGUGAUUUCACAUAAAUGCCACGUUAAAGAAGAAUAAGCAUGAGUGGUAAUUGGUAAUGGAAUUGGAAAGAUAGAGAGAAACGAAGAAGAGACUUGGUCGGUGGGGCAAGAGAAAGAGGAAAGAAGAAUCCAUCGAGUCACGAAAUCAGAACAAUAGCUUUGCAGAUUGAAGAAGAGACCUCACGUUAUUUGUCUUCUUCUUUGCCCUCUCUGUAUAAAGCUGAUGAUUCCACAUUUCAUUGUUAACUCAUCUGACAAUUUCCCUCGUUCAACCUCUACUUACUAGACGAUAAAACACAACAAAACACACAUUUGAUUCUUUUCUAAUAAUUACAUGCACCUCCCUAUAUUUGAUGUCAUUUUCAUGAAUCACGGUAUUGUUUUUUUUUGGUUGUUGUUUCAAUUUUCACAUAUUUUUAGUGGAUAUUGCAUUUUAGACUCUGUUUUUAUUCAUGUUUCAAUUACAUGCACGUCCGAAGAUUAUAUUUAUGCCAACUAGCCCAUAUUUUACCCGGUUUAGCCCAUAUUUGUGUACAAGUACCUUUUAUACAAGGUUAUACAUUAUGUAUAUAAUGUCGUAUAAUAUUGUAUAUUGGGCUACGUGGCGUAAUAUUUUAUGUUGGGCUGUAUAUUUUUGAAAAUUCACCUUUUUAAAUUGCAUGGAUUUGGUUUUACUGUCCGUUCUGUUAUUUUCAUGAAUCACGGUAAUUAUUUUUUGGCUGUAAAUAGUUCCUGUUUCAAUUUCGGCAUAUCUGGGUUUUGGAUAUAUAUUUCCCAAGUAUUUCCCUUUUUGUUUUAUUUGUCAGCAGCUUUCAUUAUUGGCCCUAUUUGGUGCUUAUGAAACAUAAAAAGUCUGAUUUUUGGAUGUUGGUGUUUUGAUAUCUGCAAAGAUCCACCAGGUGUAAUUUGGGCGCGUUCGCCUUUAAAUUUUUUGGUAUAUCUGUGUGUUUUGGUCUUUAUACAGAAACAAAAUCGUAUUUUGGUGACACUCAUUCUUCACGUUCCAUAGCUUACAAUUUGUGCCUCCCUUUCCUGCUAGGACUGGAAAUCCUGUAUUUUACAUAUCCAUAUCCAUACGAUUGACUCCUUGGGUUUCCGAAAUAGUGUAAAAAGAAGUGCUUCGAAUUAUUGCUAUUUGAGUCGGACCUGUUCUGAAAAAGUCGAGGUAUUUUGAAUUGUUUGUUGACACGGAUAAAGUCAGGGAAAACCUCUGAAAUUAUUUCAAUAUACUGAACUAUUGAUAAUUUCUAGGGGAGUUAAGACUAUAUCGGCCUUUUUCAUUUUUGAGAAUGAAGAGGUUACUUUGUGUAGCUUCAUUGUGAAUUGCUGCCCAUUGUUCCAGGAUAAAGAAAGCAAAGGGUUAACUGAUAAGCUCAAGUUUCUUGAGGGGAAAAAUGCAAUUUGGACGGUCGAUAGUGAAUUAUUUUCUUAUUGUAUUUUGAAUUUCAUUCUCUCCAAUGCCCUUCCUGUGGUGGAAGUAUUUAUGACUAAUUCUCAACCAGAACCUUGCCCCUACGAUCAGCAUCAUUCUUCUUCUCCUUUGAGUACAAAGAAGUUUAAUUCAGCUGAGCUUCAGUCUAACCAGCCAUAUUCAUCAGAAUGCCCCCCAAAGGAUAGGAAACGCCUUGUAUCGUGGUGUGGAACAGAGGACCAUUGGCAUGACAAAGCAGCUUUUGAAAUAUCAUGUGAUUUGUCUAGGGUGGCUUCAUCUGGAGCAGCGUCCACCCGUGGUCCGUCUUUGUCUAGGGCUUCUUCUCGUGUCCGGGAUAAGCUGAACAAAUCACAGAGGCUUCUUCAGAAAAGCAUGCAGCUGGAGGAUAGCUUAUUACAUGGAAGUACCCCUAGGUUGAUCCAUGUUAAUGAUCCAAAGAAGACUAAUGAUAAGUUUGAUUUCUGUGGAAAUGAGAUCAGAACUAGCAAGUAUACACUAAUAAAUUUCUUGCCUAAGAACCUAUUCAUUCAGUUUCAUCGGGUUGCUUAUUUAUACUUUUUAGCUAUUGCUGCCCUGAAUCAGCUUCCACCUCUUGCUGUAUUUGGGAGAACUGUAUCUCUAUUUCCUCUUCUGUUUGUGCUUUCCGUGACAGCUGUAAAAGAUGGUUAUGAGGAUUGGCGGAGACACAGAUCAGAUAGGAACGAGAAUAACCGGGAGGCUCUAGUACUUCAAUCUGGGAAGUUUCAGUUAAAAAGAUGGAAGAAAAUUUGGGUUGGUGAGGUUGUGAAGAUCCUUGCUAAUGAGACAAUGCCUUGUGACAUGGUGUUGUUAGGAACCAGUGAUCCUAGUGGAAUUGCUUAUAUUCAGACAAUGAAUCUUGAUGGUGAAUCAAACUUGAAGACAAGGUAUGCUAGGCAAGAAACAACUUCAUUAGUGUGUGAAGGGGAGACGAUUUCGGGAGUUAUUAGAUGUGAACAGCCUAACAGGAAUAUUUAUGAAUUCACGGCCCACAUGGAGUUGAAUGGGCAUAGGUUUCCGCUCAGCCAAUCAAAUAUCAUAUUGCGUGGUUGUCAGCUGAAGAACACAGAGUGGGCAGUUGGAGUAGCGGUUUAUGCUGGGCAAGAGACUAAAGCUAUGUUGAACAGCACUGCAUCUCCAUCUAAAAGAAGCAGGCUGGAAACAUACAUGAACCGGGAAACCCUUUGGCUGUCUAUUUUCCUUCUCGUGAUGUGCUUGGCUGUAGCAAUUGGGAUAGGUCUAUGGUUGAAGCGCCAUGAGGAGCAGCUUGAUACCUUGUCUUAUUAUCGGAGACUUUACUUUGAUGAAGGAAAAAAUCAUGGCAAACAGUAUAAAUAUUAUGGGAUUCCUAUGGAAACCUUUUACUCCUUUCUGAGUUCGAUCAUAGUUUUCCAGAUAAUGAUACCUAUGUCUCUUUAUAUCACCAUGGAGUUAGUUCGCUUGGGACAGUCGUAUUUCAUGAUUGGAGACAGGCAUAUGUAUGACAGUAGCAGUAAUUCAAGAUUUCAGUGCAGAUCCCUAAAUAUCAAUGAGGAUUUGGGUCAGAUUCGCUAUGUUUUUUCUGAUAAAACAGGAACACUUACUGAAAAUAAGAUGGAAUUCAGAAGAGCUAGUGUGUGGGGGAAAAGUUAUGGGAGAUCCCUUUUGGUUGCUGAAGAACCACUAACAGAGCCUUCAAGUCAAAGAAAGUUGAGGCUCAAAUCAGAAGUUCCAACUGAUGUUGAACUAAUGGCAUUGUUACAUACAGAGGUAGAUGGAGAAGAGAGGAUUGCUGCCCACGAGUUUUUCCUGACUUUGGCAGCAUGUAAUACCGUGAUUCCUAUUUGUACCAAUAGUUCUUCAUGUGAUGUACAGAAUAAUGUGGAUGACUCUAGUGUCAGCAUCGAGUAUCAAGGUGAAUCUCCUGAUGAACAAGCACUAGUAGCUGCUGCAUCUUCUUAUGGCUACACAUUGUGUGAGCGGACAUCUGGUCAUGUUGUGAUUGAUGUGAAGGGUGAGAAACUAAGGUUGGAUGUCUUAGGACUUCAUGAGUUCGACAGUGUGCGUAAAAGAAUGUCUGUUGUUAUCAGAUUCCCAAAUGAUACUGUAAAAAUUUUGGUGAAAGGGGCUGAUACUUCAAUGCUUAGCAUUUUAAGCGAAGACCAUGAACACAUACAAGGUUACACUCAUAAUUAUUUGAGGGAGUACUCCUCUGAAGGACUGCGUUCCCUUGCAGUUGCUGCAAGGGAUCUUACAGGAGAAGAACUUGGGGAGUGGCAAUGCUUGUACGAGGAUGCUAGCACAUCCUUGAAUGAUAGAUCAAAAAAAUUGCGCCAAACAGCAUCUCUAAUCGAGUGCAAUUUAACUCUACUUGGGGCCACCGCUAUAGAGGACAAACUACAAGAGGGUGUACCAGAGGCUAUUGAGUCUCUGCGGCAAGCAGGGAUAAAGGUUUGGGUUCUUACUGGAGAUAAGCAAGAAACUGCAAUUUCAAUUGGUUUGUCUUGCAAACUCUUGACCUCCGACAUGAACCAGAUCAUCAUUAAUGGCUCUUCAGAAAAUGAAUGCAAAAGGUUAUUGUCAGACGCCAUGGCCAAAUAUGGUGUGAAGCCUGCAAGUUGUGAUAAUCAGAUCUUAAAAUUGCACAGAGAAGCAGAAAAUGUUUAUGAUGAAAUUCCAGGGAAAGUUCCUGGCGGACCUCUGGCACUCAUAAUUGAUGGGAAUAGUCUGGUGUAUAUCUUAGAGAAAGAUCUCGAGUCUGAGCUCUUCGAUCUUGCUACUUCAUGUAAAGUUGUACUUUGCUGCCGCGUUGCCCCUUUGCAGAAGGCUGGCAUUGUUGAUCUAAUAAAGAGCCGCACUGAUGAUAUGACUCUAGCCAUAGGUGAUGGGGCUAAUGAUGUUUCAAUGAUCCAAAUGGCGGAUGUUGGCGUUGGAAUAUGUGGUCAAGAAGGGCGCCAAGCAGUGAUGGCAUCGGACUUUGCUAUGGGACAAUUUCGAUUUCUGAAGCGAUUGCUUCUUGUGCAUGGACAUUGGAAUUACCAGCGUGUUGGUUAUUUGGUUCUUUACAACUUCUACCGCAAUGCUGUUUUUGUUUUCAUGCUUUUUUAGUACAUAUUGUGCACAGCUUUUUCUACAACUUCUGCAUUGACAGAUUGGAGUAGUAUGUUUUAUUCUGUCAUCUAUACUUCUGUACCUACAGUAAUUGUUGGUAUUCUGGACAAGGAUUUAAGUCAUGAGACACUACUGAGGUAUCCAAAACUCUAUGCUGCUGGCCACAGACAUGAGAGUUACAAUAUGAAACUCUUCUGGCUCACGAUGAUUGAUACAGUAUGGCAAAGUCUUGUUCUUUUCUUUGUACCAGUACUAACUUAUUAUCAGAGCGAAAUUGACAUAUGGAGUAU